CUCUUUCUCAAGCAGCCAUCUUUCUCUUUCCUCUCUCCCACAUAGCCACUUUUGACUAAAUUCCAGGAACAGGGUUUCAGUGAUUUCCAGUUAAACAUUUUUUAUUAUCAAAGUUUUACCCUUUUUUAGGUUUUGAUUGGGGGAAAUUGGCUUUCGUGAGCUGUUUUGAGAUGGGUUUUGUGUGUUCUGAAUAAAUUUUUGAGCUUUUCUUGAGGUUUCAAUUGGGUGUAUUUGAUUAUUUGUUUAUCCUGUUCUCGUUAUGGAUUUGAUGCUUAGGUAUUAGAUUUGGGAUAUGGGUUUUGGUCCUGAAUGUGUAAAGGUGGUGGAGAAAUGGGUAGUGGAUAAAAAUAAAUCGAGGAAGAAGAAGGAUGCAGGAGAGGAAGAAACUGGAUGUUGGGUUAGAUUGAUGUUCAUGGGCGGAUGCAUGCCUUCGAGAUCAAAAGUUGACAGCUCUCUUAGUGGUGUAACAGCUAUCGCUUAUGAAAAUAAAUCAACAAAUGGUAAAAACGUAGACCAACCAGUUGUACCUGUGUCCUCGACAACCACUUCUAAUGCGGAAAGCACUUCAUCCACUCCAAAAUUCAGUGAGGAACUCAAAGUUGCAUCCCAGCUUAGAAAGUUCACAUUUAAUGACCUUAAGUUAGCCACUAGGAAUUUCAGACCGGAGAGUCUUCUUGGUGAGGGUGGGUUUGGCUGUGUUUUCAAAGGUUGGAUUGAAGAGAAUGGAACUGCACCUGUAAAACCUGGGACUGGGCUUACAGUUGCUGUCAAAACUCUAAACAUUGAUGGACUUCAGGGUCACAAAGAGUGGCUUGUAUGACACCUGAACUUAAUUUGCUCUCUCUGAAUUGUUGGCAUAAAAUGCAGAUUAUGUU